UACACGCACGUAACUGUUUGUGAGCCGAAAAUUUUUGCUCCUGUGAAUUACGACUAAUUAGAUGGAAAUCAGUGUAUUUUGAUGUUCAAAGUUACCGUAUACAUUAAUCGCCAGUCCAAGCAUUACAGUUUGAGGUUAUUCUAAAAAUUUUUAUUUGAACAGUGCAGACGAAAAAAGUCAGUGGCGUUACUCGCCACGCAAUGGAUGUAUUUACAUGAUGGAAAAUGGGUAUGUCGUUAUCCGCCGAAAAAAAGAUUGGCAAAGAUUACAGGAAUGGGCCAGGGAAGGCAAGAAGCCUCAGAAAGAUUGGGGGGAACACACCGACUUGGUUGUUCUUGCGUGGGCAGAAAAUUUCGAGUGUGGACUACGAUGACUUGAAAUAUCAUAUGUACAACAACAGAAUCUCGUAUCUGAAGAAUCCGAGGUGGAGGAAACAAGUAGCGUUCAUGCUAUGUCCAGGAAACGAGCAAAAAUGGUAUUCAAAAAUUCCAAAUAUUCUCCUAUUAUGGAAAACAAUGAGCAUGAUAGAGACGACGAAGAGAACGACAGUGAUCCUUCAGAAGAAAAUCGGAAGCGGAAGCGUCCCAGAAGUUCUGGCUCUUCUGGAAGUGAGAAUGAUCAAGAACAACUUCCACAUUCGAAACGACAUGAUCAAGUUAACCAUUCACAGACUAAUAAGAAAGAUCGUGAAUUAUCCAGUCGACAGAAACGUGGAACUACUGAUAGUUCAAGGUCUGACAGGUCGUUCUUGAAUAAUAGUCCCCAAGUCAAGGAUGCAACCUUGAAUUCUGGUCAUUGCUGUCUUUCUGGGGGAAAAGAAAAUGCACGACCUGGAAGAAUAGAAAAUCCAGAACUCAUCCUCAAUAAGCCUCGAAGUUUCCUACGAAAAUCGAGAGUAAAGAUUAAGGGUGCUGACCCUCGUUUUGAAGAACUCCAGGAGAGAAUUAAUACUCCUGAUCGCAGAUUUCUGACCGAUCAUAUACAUUUCAAGAUGGAAAUUUUACACGAGAAUAUUUUGCAUGGUAUCGACUGUAUUAGAAGAAGCUCUUCCAAUGAUGUAAAAAAUCAACUUAAAGAUUCGAAGAUUUCGAUGGUAUCUGAGAAUCAAAGCCCUGGACAAAGUACACCAUUGCCCGAGACCAUUCUUGACGGGUCUCCCUUUCGAAGUACUGGAAGAAUUUAUUGCGUUCGAAAAUUUUCUCGAUCCUUUGCUACACCAAGGCGAUGAACGGAAAAAGGCAGCACCGAAAAAGCAGGACGCACUCCUGAUCAUAUUUCAUGGGUUAACAUUGAAAGUCACAGGUUUCAAAAAAUCUAUCCAUAUUAUUAUUGCAGCUGUUAUGCAUCCGGAUGUGCAACUGCACUGCAGUGGGGUAUGUCGAGUGACCAAGGGUGAAGGAAAGCGGGCUUUCAACAAGACCAUCUCUUACAAGUGCAUGGAAAAAGUAUUAUCUACACGAUUUCCUGGUGAUUCUUGUCAAUAGAUUACAAGUGAAUAUUUGGCGGGAGUAAAGGGCAGAAAAGGAGCGUCUGAAAAAAGGAUAUAAUCAUCUGGA